GCACGAUCAGGGCACCGUCUGAAGACCUCAUUGAAGCUGGAGCUAGCUGGUCAACCGACUGACUUACAAGCAGACAAUGGACUAAAUGACCUUUUCACUGACUGGCUAGCUGGGAAAUUGAUUGACUGGUUGACGGUUUACCUGUUUUACUUACUUAAUUUAACUUAACUGUGUAGACUGACUAUUACUGUUAACUACUGUAACUGGCUUUUAGUGACUGACUAUUUGACUGGCUGCUACCUGAUCAGCUAACUGACUCUAUAGCUACAGCUCAGGUUGGACUGGCCAUGUUUUGGGACCGAGCCCCAGACGAAGAUGAACUGGAUGACGAGGACAGUUGUUCUUCUCCACAGAAGGAGGAAGAGUGGGCGUGGGAGCAGGUGCAAGAGGAGGAAGACGAAGAGGAGAAGGAAGAGGGGGACAGGGACAACGUGAAGGCAGAGGAGUGGACAGAAGAGGAGGAGGAGCAGGAGGAAGAAGACCAGCAAGGAGAAGAGAAGGUGCCACAGAGGGAGGUCAUGAGGUCCUGGAGCAUGCCCUGUCGUCUCGACAGGAGAGGCAGCUACUUCAAGCUGGUGCAGUCGUUUGCGUGUGAGCUGGGAGAGCUGGAGCAGGAGUUGGGGCAGUUACGGCCUCCCCAGGACCACUCCAGCCCAGCACUGGAGGAGGAACACAUACUGCUGCAGUGGUUGGAUGGCCUGGUGAGCGAGAUGAGUGGUGUGUACGUGGGUGACGGCAACUAUGAUUACAAUCCUCUGGGCCACUGUCACUUCAGUGUCCUGGACCGCCUCAGUACCACACACCCCAUCUGGAUGCUGCUGUCGCUAGGAGACCAGGACAUCACCCGCAUCCUGCUGCAGCAGCCUCCAGGGACGUUCCUUGUGCGUCGCUCCAGUAAGCUGCAGAGGAAGGUGCUGUCAGUGCGACUAGACGACGCCAGCGGACAACCCAUUUCACACUACCCAGUCAAGGAGAAUCAGUACACAUUCUCUCUUGAGGGCUCGGGAGUCAGCUUUGCAGACCUCUUCAGACUGGUGGCUUUCUACUGUAUCAGCAGGGAUGUGUUGCCCUUCACCCUGAAGCUUCCGGAGGCGGUGACCUCAGCCCAGAGCCAGGCGGAGCUGAAGGAACUGGCCCAGCUCGGAGCAGCCUUCUGGGACUCUGCAUUGUAUAGCAAGAGGCCAGAUUCCUCCUCCUCCUCCUCCUCCUCCUCCUCCUCUCCGGACUGCUCCCCGCCUUCUUACUUCUCCCAGGGCCGCAGGCGCAGCCCUCAGAGGUUCAAAGCUCCAGUAGAAGAAGAAGAAGAAGAAGAAAAAGAAGAAGGGAGUCCUCACACUGCACCAAUCCACCAGGACUCUCCCUUGCAUGGGACGUUCUCUUCCUACACUUCCCCUCCCUACCACCACAACUGCCACCACCACCAACACCAACACCAGAAACAUCAUCAUCAACAGCAGGAGCAGCAGCAGCAUCAAAACGUGGGCAGGAGCACAUCUGCCGCAGCAGCCCUCUGCUUUGUGAAUCCUCUCUUCCUGCAGACCCACCAUCGGCUCCAGCAGCAGGAGGACAUCUGGACUCCCGGUGUUGCCUCCACACCUGCCCGCAGCAGCGGCAACAGCAGCAGCGCAACACACAGUGCCUCCAUACCAGACUGUGCUGCUGGUGUUGGUGGUGGUGGAACGAGGCACAUCUCUGACAUCCACAGCUUCCAAGACCACGACCACAUCCACACCAGGGCUGUCACAGGAGCUGAAAAGCCCCUAAAGACACCUCGUCCUCCAAGGCCUCCUCCGCCCAGGUGCUGGCCUCCUCAAAGACCCAGAUCCCUCUCGGUCCCUGCCCCUGGCACCCCUUUGCAGAGGACUACUACAGGUAUGCUCCAGACCGUUAGCCACUUUGACACCACCACUACCAGCAUCUAUCACAGCAACGUUACUGACAUUACCACAGCUACAGGGGGGCGUCAUCAACAGCAUCUGCAGUUUCCUCUGAGGCCCCCAUUAGACUACAUGGGCGCCAACCAAGGAAGCCUCAAGAAGAGCCCCAAGAAGUCAGGAGGAGUUGGUGGAGGAGGCGGUGGAGGAGGUGGUCUGCCUGCCCCCGUUUCUCGACUUCACCCGUCCAAGAAGAAGAAACAGCCCGAUGUGGUGGAUGUUCAGCGGUGCCACAUCGCCCUGGACGACGAGACCAUCGCCAAGGCACUGGCGCAAGCGAAGCUGCCCCACAGGAGAUUAACCGCGCCGUCGUCCCCACCUCCACCACCCACUAAAGAGGACGUCCACAUGCCCAGCCUCUCGUCCGCCACUGCUACUCCCAGCUCCAGCCCCUCAGGGAAGCCUCCACCCAACCACCACAAUAACAACAACCACCAACACCACCACCACCACCACCACCGACAACCCAACUCUCCUUCCCACAACAGAGAGCAACGUCUCAGCUGCCUUAGCUUCUCCACAACGUCCUCGGGGUCUUCUGGAGGCUCCACGGACGCCUCAGCCCACGACAGCCCGCCCCAGCGGUCACCGCAGCGGUCACUGAAGAGCCGAGUGCCUAAUGUUGAACUGAGCACAGACGACGAGCACUUGGAUGAAGAAGAUGACGAUGAUGAAGAGGAUGACGAUGAUAACGACUACGGGAUGGGGCUGGAGCAGGACCUUCAUCUCCGUCUCCAAGCUCCGUACCGACGUCUCCCUCUGGCCGGCUCUCGUUCCGCCGCUCUCCUCAUCCUCCCGCGAGCCCUCAAGGGCAAGUUCCGUAAGGUGAGCGGCAUGCUGGGAGCCCUCGGGACUCCGGAACGUCGGGCGGUGCGUCGGGUUCUAGAACUGGCCCGCAACAAGAGCUCCUACUUCGGCUGCCUGGUGCAGGACUACGUCAGCUUCAUGCAGGAGAACGGCGCAGGUGUGGACAACGGGCUGCACACGUCGGCGGUGGACCUGCUGCAGACCGUCAGGCACUUCAUGACCCAGAUGAAGGCCUACCUGGUGCACAGCUCCGAGCUGCAGCCGCCCAUGGAGUCCUUUGUCCCCGAGGAACAGAUAGACCAGGUGCUGGAGAAGGCCAUGCACAAGUGUGUGCUGAAGCCACUAAAGGCCACAGUGGAUACAGCGCUCAACGACUUCCAGGUGCGUAGCGGCGCCCUGCAGCAGCUGCGUGAGAACCUGGCCCUGGCCAAGGCACGCCGGCCGGAGGAGCUGGGCGUGGAGGGGGCCGUGCCGCCGGACGCCGCCGCCGUGGAGAAGAUCCGCCAGAAGCUGGCCGCCAUGAGGAAGAUGUACUCGCCCGAGAAGAAGGUGCUGACGCUGCUGCACGUCUGCAAGCUCAUCUACAGCAUCAUGCAGGACAACUCAGGGAGGAUGUUUGGGGCUGACGACUUCCUGCCCAUGCUGACCUACGUGCUGGUCCAGUGUGACAUGCCCCAGCUGGACACCGACAUCCAGUACAUGAUGGAGCUGCUGGACCCUGCCCUGCUCUAUGGAGAAGGUGGUUACUACCUGACGAGUGCGUACAGUGCGAUGGCUCUGAUCCGUAACCUGCAGGAGGAGCAGGCGGCGCGGGCGCUGAGCACGGAGGCCCAGAACACCCUGCACCAGUGGCACCGCCGACGCACCACUCAGCGCUCCAUACCCGCCGUGGAGGACUUCCAGAACUACCUGCGGGUGGCGCUGCAGGAAGUGGACAGCGGCUGCACGUCCAAGACUCUGCAGGUGCACCCCUACGCCACCACCGAGGAAGUCUGCCAGGUGUGCGCCCUCAAGUUCCGCGUUUCGGACCCGGAGAACUACGCCCUCUUCCUGAUCACAGACGGGGCGGGUCAGCAGCUGGCGCCGGACACCCACCCCCAGAGGAUCAAAGCUGAGCUGCACAGCCGACCGCACAUCCAGGACUACCACUUCCUGUACCGCAAGAAGGACGGCACAGGAGCAACGACGAAAGUCCGUGAUUCCGGUGCACACGCUACUAGUGCUGGUCAUGGGCUCAGUAAUGGUCUAAAAGACUGAAGUGGAACAGUGCAAUAUAGCAGCGCGUAUAACUGCCAAAUUACCCCAAAAGAGUUCACUUUGGUAUGCAAGCAUGGAAAUUGGCACAUGUUCAUUAGGAUGCACUCUUUCAGCUAAGGGUGUUGGUCAUUCAAAGGUCCAACACCCACACCCACCCCCAGAGGAUCAAAGCUGAGCUCCACAGCCGACCACAUAUCCAGGACUACCACUUCCUGUAUCGCAAGAAGGACGGCACAGGAGCAACGACGAAAGUCCGUGAAUCCGCUGCCCACGCUACUAGUGCUGGUCAUGGGCUCCGUAAUGGUCUAAAAGACUGAAGUUGAACAGUGCAAUACAAAAAGAGAUACUUUUUAACUAGUCAGGAUGGAAGUCUGGAAGUUGAACCAUGAUGGAACAGAUGUAUGAAUUGUGUGGAGAAAACGUGUGAAACAUAAGGAUUAUCAUAUUCCAGGAUGAUCACUUCCUCUUUUGCAGGAAGCACACAGGGCCACUUACAGCUUUUGUCGGGCCCGAGAGAAAGUCAUCAAAGGCCACCUUUUGCACGGAAGAUGAAAGCAAAAUUGGAAUGAUGAUGGAGUAAUGUGUUAAACCGAAAGUGACAAGAGUGGAUUAACUAUGCAACAGGAGUCAAGGCCAGUUUGGGAUUUUUUUGGGUGCCUACAGUAGAGGAUAUGAAGUGUUCCCCAAGCAAUUCCCAAAGUGUACUUACAGUGAUGACAUCAUUCUAAUGGACACUUUUGGGAUCUCACUUGGACUGCUUUGAUGGCAUGGUCUUCUGAGGUUAAUGGAUGAUAAUCCCUGUUAAUGGAUGAUAAUGCCUAAUUGAUUGGACUACUAAUGGAUUACUUUCGACACAGUAUAUGGAUUCAUUUAAGACCCAGUUCUAAGUGCUCAAGUAUAAUGGUUGUGUUUAGGAGGCUGUCUUGUUCGAGAGAGGUGAAAGACACUACACAUUCUUGCAGAUGCCCGUUAAUUUAUUCUGUGAAAAAUCAAAUGUUUUCAUGAGCAGCAUUUUGGCUUUGGGCCUUUUUUUUGAAAACUUCAAACAAGCCAUAGGCCAAAACAAGUUUCAAUAAAUUUACUGGCAUCAUCAAGAGCAGUGUGCUGUUUCUUUCUUUUUCUCUUAAACGAGAAAGGAUCCUGAACCAGUACCUCGAAAGAAAACCUGGAAUGCAUCGGUGUCCUCUUUGAAAAAGUUGGUAAAUCCUAGAUUUGCUAGAGAGAGGGAGAGAGGCUGCCUGCGCUGGUCUGGACCUGAUUCUGUGCCACAUGCCAAGUUUCCUCGGAGAGAGAGAGAGAGAGAGAGAGAGAGAGAGAGAGAGAGAGAGAGAGAGAGAGAGAGAGAGAGAGAGAGAGAGCAGGAGGAGGAAUUUGGAGAGAGAGUGAGAGGGUGGAGUGCUGAAAAGAAUGACUUCACUGUGUGUGUGUGUGUGUGUGUGUGUGUGUGUGUGUGUGUGUGUGUGUGUGUGUGUGUGUGUGUGUGUGUGUGUGUGUGCGUUUGCGUGUGUGUUUGAAUCUACCACAGGAGUGCCCGAAUAGCUGAAUAGUAACUCCUCUACUGGAAGUUGUGUAGUGGUGUGGUGUACACUCAGUACUCAACACAGAGACCGUAGCACAGAGAAAGUACAGUAUUGUUUUUAUGAACCGUCUUUACUUUUGCCUUUUACGUUAGAUGUUAAUUAUUUCUUCCGAGAGACAAAUCAUGACAUCUAAGAGGUUAUAGUUCCCUCUUGGAACUGGAUGCAGGGGCGUCACCAGACCUAUUUUACAGGGGCACGUGCCUGGGUAUUGAUUUGCUGUGCCCCGGUAUAAGUUUCACAAAAAAACAACAACCUUGCUACCUUGGAAUUUAGCUCAAGUUUAGCAUACAGAGUAAUCUACAGAAUGCACACAAAAUAGUGCACAUGCACUACUUUCAAUAAUAUAAUUCGUUUACAAGCAAAUAAAUAAAUGCAAAACAUUUUGUCGCGCGUGCACUCGCAUUCUCUUCGUGCCCUACUGUGCCCCUCUGUAGCAUUGAGUCAGCUGACGCCCCUGCUUGGAAGUUCAGCUGUCUUCAUUUCAUGUACCUCACCUUUGUCGAAUUUGGUUUGUGUGAUUUCUUUUUUUUUUUUCUCUCUCUUUUUUUGGCCUUUUCGACUUUAUUGACAGCACAGUAUGAGAGGUGGACAGGAAACGAAUGGGGAGGAUUCGGGAAAUGACUCGGGAAUCGAACCCGGGUCGGCCGCAUGGCAGAUGAGUGCCCCACAGGUUGGCCACGGCAGGGCCUGUUUUGUGUGAUUUCACUGUAGCCAAUUGUUUGUUUUUUGUUUGCUUUUUUACGUAAGAAAAAUAUGCAACUCAAGUGCCUGAGUUGCCCUUUAGACACAGAGUUACUAAAAGCCUUCAUUGUGAGUCCACAUCAUUGUACUGUACAUAGUGACACAGAUAACCUUAUUCAAUAAUUAUGUGCUAUUAUGUAGAGAGAAUAUUUCACAGACUGUGUUUUAUUUUUGUGUCUUUAUUUCCAGUUGCUGGUUAACUGGCUGAUGAAUAAUAUAAUAUGAUGAUGAAUAAUCUGAUCUUCUUGAUGUAUGUGUGCUGUAUUGUAUUCAAGAAUGUCAAAUCGGAUAUAGGAACCUUAGGACCCAUGAGCUCGUUUUACUGUAUUGUGGACACUUUGAUGCCAGUCAAAUAAA